GCGCAUGCGCACAAGGGCUCCGCGGGAAGUUUGAAACUGACACCAAGCUGAAGGACUGGGGCACCGGGUAAGCAUGGACUCCGCGGUGGACCUGGCACAGCGGCUGCGGGCAGCACUGCGGGAGGAGGAGCCGUGGGCUGUGGAAGAUCUGCUACGCCGGGGUGCUGACCCCAACCUGGUGCUCAGGGAUGGUGCAGCAGCCAUCCACCUGGCAGCGGGAGCCCGGCACAGGCGCGCUCUGCGAUGCCUCAAGGCUUUGCUUCAUGGAGGAGGGGACCCCAAUGCUAGAUCAGCUGAGGAGCUGACACCGCUGCACGUGGCUGCUGCCUGGGGCUGUCGCCGUGGCCUGGAACUGCUGCUGAGCCAAGGAGCAGACCCUGGGCUGCGUGACCAGGAUGGACUCCGGCCACUGGACCUGGCAGAACAGCAAGGGCACCAGGACUGUGUGCGCGUCCUAAGGGAGCUUCUGACGCUGACCAGGACCCCUACCCAGACCCGGGCAGAAACCCAGGAGCUGGAGCCUGAGCCCAGUGGCACAGGCCUCCAGGGGGAGAGGCUGGACAUCAGCCCCUCUGGACCUCCCAAUGUGAUGCCAGAACCCACAGCGCUGGGCAGAAGUGACAGCAGGAACACGGAUCUGGAGACUGGCCCUGGACCCCCCAGCAUCCUUGCCUACUCUGAGGUUGCUGUCAGGAAUGGCCGCUUAGAGUCCCCUGCAGGGUGCUGGGACUGCAGCUCAGAUGCCUCCUUUUUCACGAUAGCUGAGGCCUCUGGAGCCAAGAACCCAGCCCCCCAUACAUCCCUCUGGGCUGAGUCAUUGCCCCAGACCAGGCAGCAACUUCCACCUGGUAUCCGACCACCCCGGAGGGCAGUAAUGUCUCUGAGCACCCCUCAGCUGACACGUGGAGCCAUCAUGAUGGGCAAGGAAGCCGAAUUAAAAGCCCGUCUACAGGCCCUGACUCUGGCUUUGCCAGAAGCCUCCCCCUCCCACACGUCUCUCCCAGGUGGGGUCCCAGCCCACAGUCCCCCUCGGGAACCACUGGCUGGACCCCUUGACUUCCACUUCCUAACAGAUGAUCAGCCGUCCCUUGGCAGUGAGGUGGCCGCCCUCUGGCUGACAGAGGACGAGGAGAGCUCCACAGGUGGCAGGGACACAGUCCGCUCAUGCCAGUGCCUGCCAGUCCCGGCCAUGUCUGACCUAGAGCUGCUGCAAAGGCUCCGGGCACUUGGUGAGAGCCCAGGGCCCAUCACGCCCUUCACCCGACCACGCUACCUCCGAAGACUACAAGAAGCUCAGGCUGCUCUUGACUUUUCAGGUCACAGCCCAGAGCUGACUGAGGCCCUGAGGACAGGCCGAAUCCCAGAUGCCCAGGCAGACGAGGAUGCACUUGCCCAGCAAUUUGAGCAGCCAGCUCCUGGCAGAAGGUGGCGGGAGGGGGUAGUGAAGUCCAGUUUCACAUAUCUGCUGCUGGACCCCAGGGAGACUCAGGACCUGCCAGCCCGAGCCUUCUCACUAACCCCAGCUGAACGCCUUCGGACUUUUGUCCAUGCCAUCUUCUAUGUGGGCAAGGGGACACGGGCCCGGCCAAAUGCCCACCUCUUGGAGGCCCUUGGCUAUCAUGGACAGCCAGGAAAACAGGCCUGUCCCAAGGUGCGCCAGAUCUUGGAUAUUUGGGCCAGUGGUCGUGGUGUUGUGUCCCUGCAUUGCUUCCAGCAUGUGGUCGCUGUGGAGGCUUACACUCGAGAGGCAUGUCUUGUGGAUGCUCUAGGGAUUCAGACUCUGACCAACCAGAAACAAGGGCACUGCUAUGGAGUGGUGGCGAGCUGGCCACCUGCCCGCCGCCGCCGCUUGGGGGUGCAUCUGCUGCACCGUGCCCUCCUUGUCUUCCUGGCUGAGGGUGAACGAGAGUUGAGACCCCAAGACAUCCAGGCCCGUGGCUGAGUGCUGGAGAACUGCCCAUCUAGCCUGGAUAGAGAUCGGCGUGUUUGGAUGGACCAGCUGACCUGUGCUGGCAGCAGCCCUUCAUCUCCAGUUCUAGAAGGCAGAGGGUGAGCAGCAGGGCAGGUCUUCCCCUCGGGCUGAGGGAAGACUUCGUUACAUAUGGAACUGCUGGAUAGGCAGUGAGCUCCCUGUCAUGGGAGGAGAACAAGUUGGCCAGAAGAUUCUUUGGAACAUUGGGUGCUUUGAAACUUGCCAUUGCUUUGGCAGUUUGGUCCUCUCUGUGUGGAUAAAGUCCACUUUUAUCUCCCAGACACAGGGGACCCACUCUGUGGGCUGGGGUCUCCCUCAGCCAUAUGAAGGGAAUCUACCCAGUUUGAGAGCUGGGCUCUGCUUGCCAGGUGUGGUACCUCAGAUCAGUGACUUGUCUAUCUGAGCCUCAGUUUCUUUAGGAGUAUAAGAGGGACAGUGAGGUUUUACCUCAGGGGUCAUUGUGGGGAUUGGAGGGUGCAGCUCAGAGCCCUGCACUGACCCGGAGAUGGCCCAGGUCGAAAGUCUCCUGGGGAAGGGAAGUGUCCUGACGCUCUCGAGGUGCUGACUAUGUGCGGUGACAGGAGGCCAGGGCCAGGGAGCUUGUGGGCUGUGAGUGGAAGACACCAGCCCUUGGGGUCUCUGUACAGCCCUUCCUGGCAUUGGUUCUCUGAACCUGUCUCUUCCACCAUAAAAUGGGAUCAAUGACCCAAACCUCUGGUGAUGCUUUGCAAUUUCAGACGAUUCACAUUACAAAGUUUCAGCAAAAUGCCAGGCUGCGGUGCUGGUGAGGUGUUGAUGGGAUCAUUUAAGUUUUCCAGAAGUUGUUUCUUCAAAGCAUCCAGUGGGUUUAGGGACAAGGGGAGAUCUGCUGCCUGGUUGAGCUCACCACCUGCCUCUCACUGUGACUCAGCUAACUAGGUCCUGCAGGGGGCGGGCAGGGGCACUGUAACCUGGGCAGAGUUUCACAGCUUAGGCGCCUCCACUGACUCUACUGCCCAGCCCCCGUUCCCCUGUGAGACUGGCUGGUUUUGUGCUUAGAGGCCCAGCUUCUGGACGGGGCCUGGGCUUUCCCAUUUUAACCUAACUGAAGAAACCUCUGUGUGAGCUGAGCGGCUUCCCAAACACCAAGUCUCCUGAUAAAGGGACAGCAAUUAAAACUGUGCUGGGAGGGAAUUCAGAGAUCCCCAAAGUCCCUGAAGAGAUGGAUUUGUCUAACAGAGUUUCCUAACCUCGAUCCUACUGACACUUGUGGCUGAAUUAUUUUGGUGAUGAGGAUUGUCCUGUGCAUUGCAGGAUGUCAAGGGGCAUCCCUGGGCUCCACCCACUAGAUGCUGCAAUUGCCCUCCCUCUCCCUGGUGUGACAAAACUGUCCCCAGGAUUUCCCAAGGGACAGCCAUGCCCCUGGUGAGAACCCCUGGACUAAAGGAAAGGUGGGCUCAUAAACCAGUGGGCAGAGGACUUGAGAAGCAGCAAAUGAGGGGACAGUUGUCUCCUCCCACCAUCGUCAAACCACCAGUGUACACAGAUAAACAUAUAUUAGGGUAAAUAGAGAGGAGCAAGAGCAUGGCUGUGGGGCAGGGAAACCCUUCUAGCAGACAGGAAAAGAGAUUUGGAGGCUUCAAAAUAAAAAUCUUGCCCUGGC